AUGCCUCCUCGUCGCUCUUCUCGUCAGUCGGCUGCCGUGGCAACCCCAAAGAAGGAUGAAGUGAUCAUCAUCUCCGACGACGACGGAGAAGGGGCCCUCGCUGAGCCAGAAUCUCCUGUCGUCAUCUCUUCGAUCCGACGUCGAGGUGCCAACUCGAUCACUACCUCAUCCGUCAACACCCCGGCCACUUCACGCUCUUCGCGCACCAGCUCCACCUAUGCAUCUGGCAGUCACACCCCCGACACCCCCGACUCCUCUGUCGACGACGGCAACGACGACAGCAAGGCCGGUGUGAAGGACGGCGCUGUGCAAACCGAUCCAUUCCCAGCAGGUGCUCUGGCUUACGCUCAGCGACCCACUCGCGCUAAGCGAUCGACCUCCAUCAGAGCCGAGACCAAGCGAGAAGCAUCGUCGGCCACCAUGGCCCCUGCAAGCAAUGCACGCAAGCGCAAGGUCAGCACUUCGGCGGUCGUCACACCGUCCAAAACACCCAAGAUCGAAUCCGAGAUUAAAUCACUCGCCCGUCGACCGUCGGGCCGCGGACGACCUUCGACCAGCUCAGCAGCGAGAAGCUGGAGCGAAGAGGUGGACGCCAUGCUUGACAGGGAGCUAGGACCCUCGAAAAUGGAAGCCGUCAAAGCAGAAGUCGACAGCAGCGAACUGCAAGGAAAAGGCAAGGGUAAAUCUCCGGCCAGGGCCAAAGUCAAGGCCAGAGCUAAGAUCGAAGAAGAUGAAAGCGACGAUGUGCUAGAGGAUCCCAUCCUCACACCUCGCUCGCGUCGUCAACCGCGUCGAAGCGCUUCUUCGGCCAUCAAGGCGCCGCCCAAGCAGGACUUUGACGAGUCCGAAGGCGAGCGCCUGUCCUUGGAUGGCGAGGAGGACGACAAGUACGAAGAGGAGGACUCGCCCUUUGACAAUCUCAGCAGCGAUGACGAGCCCCUGUCGAAGAAGAAAAAUUGGUCCACACAUGCGCAAGCGAGUAGCGCUGUUGCUGCUUCUGCUCAGGCCGGUCCGAGCACCUUCGCAAGGCUCGAGGACAUCCACUUCGACUCUGACACGGACGCCAGCGACGGUGAAGACGACGACUUUCAGCCGCGAGGCAACAACCACUACGCUGAGGACGUCCAGUACGAGACAGCCAAGCAGCGCAAGGCUCGACUGCGCAGAGAAAAGCACCAGGCCCGUCUCAAGAAGAAGGACCUCCGCACCCAGUACGACAAGAAUUAUUCCGCGCUCAUCAAGCACCACCCGCAGCUCAAGUCGGUCUGGGAGGAUCUACAAAGGACUGUGGCCGUCAUCAAGCCCGAGGAGGCCGAGCAGCCUACCGGUCUCACCAUCAGGCUCCUGCCGUUCCAGCGUGAGGGUCUCUACUGGAUGACACGACAGGAGCAGGGCACCUGGAAGGGAGGCAUGCUCGCCGAUGAGAUGGGCAUGGGCAAGACGAUCCAGAUGAUCAGCCUCAUGCUCUCGGACCGCAAGAAGCCGUGCCUCGUUGUGGCACCCACUGUCGCCAUCAUGCAGUGGCGCAAUGAGAUCCAGCAGUACACCGAGCCCAAGCUCAAGGUGCUCAUGUGGCACGGGCCCAACCGCACCCAGAACCUCAAGGAGCUCAAGGCGGCCGAUGUGGUCUUGACCAGUUACGCCGUGCUGGAGAGCAGCUUCCGCAAGCAGGAGUCGGGCUUCCGCCGCAAGAAUGAGAUUCUCAAGGAGAAGUCGGCGCUGCACGCCGUGCACUGGCGCCGCAUCAUCCUCGACGAGGCGCACAAUAUCAAGGAACGCUCCACCAACACAGCCAAGGGUGCGUUUGCGCUGCAGGGCGACUUCCGUUGGUGUCUCAGUGGUACGCCCUUGCAGAAUCGCGUCGGCGAGCUGUACUCGAUGAUUCGCUUCCUCGGCGGUGAUCCGUUUGCAUACUAUUUCUGCAAAAAGUGUCCUUGCAAAUCGCUACACUGGUCUUUCAGCGAUAAGCGCAGCUGCGACUCGUGUGGACACACACCGAUGCACCACACGUGCUACUGGAACAAUGAGAUUCUCAAGCCCAUCCAGCGCAGCGGUGCGCAGAACGGCGAAGGGCGCGAUGCGUUCCGACGUUUACGCAUCCUGCUCGAGCGCAUGAUGCUCAGGCGAACCAAGCUGGAGCGUGCCGACGACAUGGGUUUGCCGCCGCGCACCAUCGAGGUGCGCCGCGACCUCUUCAACGAGGAAGAAGAGGAUUUGUACACGUCGCUGUACACGGACACGACGCGAAAGUUCAGCACCUACCUUGACCAAGGCACCGUGCUGAACAACUACUCGAACAUUUUCACGCUGCUCACUCGCAUGAGGCAGCUCGCCAACCACCCAGAUCUGGUGCUGCGAUCCAAGACGGGGCUGGCCUCGAAGCUGCUCGGCGAGGACCAGAGCGAGAUCCACGUGUGCCGCAUCUGCACCGACGAGGCCGAGGACGCCAUCAUGUCGCGAUGCAAGCACAUCUUCUGCCGCGAGUGCGUCCGACAGUACCUCGACUCGGAGAUCGAGCCCGGUAUGGUGCCCGACUGCCCGUGCUGCCACGCCACGCUGUCGAUCGAUCUGGAGGCCGAGGCGCUCGAACCUCCGCAGAGCUCGAUCCGCAUGAACGACUCAGGGCGCCAAGGCAUCCUCGCGCGUCUCGACAUGGACAAGUGGCGUUCGAGCACCAAGAUCGAAGCGCUGGUCGAGGAGCUGACGCAGCUGCGAAGCGAAGACAAGACGAUCAAGUCGCUGGUGUUCUCGCAGUUUGUCAACUUUUUGGACCUGAUCGCAUUCCGUCUGCAGCGGGCUGGCUUCCAAAUCUGCCGGCUGGAGGGCAACAUGUCGCCCGAGGCGCGAAACCGCACCAUCCAGCACUUUAUGCAGAACCCGGGCGUGACGGUGUUCCUGGUGUCGCUCAAGGCUGGUGGUGUUGCGCUCAACCUGACCGAGGCGUCGCGCGUCUACCUGAUGGACCCUUGGUGGAAUCCAUCUGUCGAGGUGCAGGCCAUGGAUCGAAUCCAUCGUCUUGGACAGCACCGACCCAUCAUUGUCAAGCGCAUGGUGAUUGAAAAUAGCAUUGAGUCGCGCAUCAUUGAGCUGCAAAACAAGAAGAGCGCCAUGAUCGAGGCUGCGAUCGGCAAGGACGACGGCGCCAUGGGUCGGCUCAGCGUGAGUGACCUGCGUUUCCUGUUUACGCUGUGA